AGGUUCAUUGGUAAGAUUUGCAGUGAAUUGGUCAUAUCUCGCAGUCAUUAUGGAGCAGUUUUAGUACACCUAGUUCACAAAUAACCGUGGAAAACCUUACAGAAAUAAAGUAUGACUUAUUGGAUUUAACUUGAAUCAACAAAAACGUUGCAUCUUCGCUACAACAAGACAAUAAAUCUUCCCUCCGCACACCAGAACAAAGACUUCGCUCUGGCAAGUCCUUUGGUCAUCUUCCCAGCAACAUCACACCUCUUCAUGACGACAAAACCAUCCUCAUAAAACAGGAAUAAAGCCUGCACUUUGGCCAGUCCUCAGGCCAUCUAUCUAGCAAUGCCGUUAACAUGAACGGGUCACCCACUCCUCAUAGGGGUAGAACCUCCUAUGAUUAUCUUCUGAAGUUCCUUCUGGUCGGUGACAGCGAUGUUGGCAAAGGGGAAAUUCUUGGUCGUUUAGACGAUGAAACAAUUGGAACAUAUACCAUGAAUGGAGUUGAUCACAAAGUGACGACAAUUCUCCUGGAUGGUAAGAGAGUCAGACUAGAAUUAUGGGACACGUCAGGGCAAGGGAGGUUUUGCACCAUUCUCCGAUCCUACUCAAGAGGUGCUCAGGGUAUUCUACUAGUUUAUGACAUCACGAGUAGAUGGUCGUUUGACGGCAUCAAUCGAUGGAUUAAAGAAAUUGAUGAGCAUGCACCGGGUGUACCUAAGAUUCUUAUCGGCAAUCGACUACAUCUUGCCUACAAGAGGCAAGUCAGCUCUGAGGAGGCGCAGAUCUACGCCAUCAAGAACGACAUGGAGUAUUUUGAAGUCAGUUCGUUGUGUGAUUACAAUGUGACGGAGUCACUGACGGAACUAUCCAGGGUGGUUCUCAAUCGCAAUGGGAUGGAGAGACUGUGGAGGACAAAUAAAGUGUUGAGCCUUCAAGAUUACUGUUGCCGUGUUAUCGUCAACUGCACAUCAACGUAUACAAUAGACAAACUGCCUCUACCACCUCAGAUGCGAUCACGUCUCAAGUCAUUCGCCGACGCCAAUCACAUGUACCGCUACAUGCUGCCCCCACUGGACGUUCGCUUAAAGAAACGCAGAACUAUUUUAAAUGCCACAGACCCGCCAUUCUCAUCUAGAAAGAGCUGUAUUAUAUCAUGAUAUAUAUGGACAACAGUUUCCUUGUGAAACGGAAUCGGAUUCCUCAAUGAUACAAAAUUUUGUCUUAAGAAAAGACUUGUCUGAAACUAGUUUCACUGGAUGGAGACUUGUACAACCCUAUGUUUACGUUUUCACCACCUGUUUUUAUGACCCAUGGAAAGUGGUUUUCAGCUUUGUACUUCUGAGUGGGAGACUCGUCGAUCCAAGUUCCCAAGCUUUGAUACACUCUUCAAUACCCGGAUAAGGAUAUACACCCUGAAAAGACUGUUGCAGGCGUGUCAAUGCCUUUCUUUUUAGGGCAUCCUGAAUUGUAAAUUUAAACUCGAGCAUUUCAUGGGCACCAAGGCAAUGAACAGGGGGUAUGGAGGCAAUCACCCUCGUUGCCUCCGUGUGAAGUAUGAGGCCUGCUGUUGAUUGCAGCCACAUAAUCUGUUGUGUUUGAUAAGUUGUAGCCCUUAGUCCACUCUUAGUUUUUACAUCCACCAAUUGUCAAAGAUUGAAGAGUUCUGCAUUGCAGAUUCUAAGAUUCGUUUUCAUGAAACCCUACAAACCGGAACAUAAACAAUUGUGAUCUGUAUAAGGCGGGGUUAUCCAGCGAAUAUUGCUUUGUGCACCUGUUGACCACCUGACACUUAAGCUACCCUUAAUCCUCAAAAAUACAACCACAAGCUGCAACUGAUUUGAAUGAACUCAUCAGAACUAUAUUGCCAAACUAUGAUUAAAAUAAGGACAUGCAUCAGCAAUCAUGAAGAUUAGUUGUUGCAAACUGCCUACCGAUGAAUUAUAGUGGCCUGACGUUUCGCCCCUUAGCAGAGUCUUUCUCGAGGGAUCUGCUGGCAUCAAAAUGUCAGGCCAUUAACUAUUCUUAGCAACUCUAGAACAUUUGGACCUGUCUAAGUUUGUGAUUUUGUUUCUUCACAUUUUAAGGCAUGUUUCUACUAAUGUUUGUGAGUGCACUCUUUCUAGCUCUGACCGGUGGCUAGCAAUCGGCUUAAAUCCCUUCACAAAAAAUAGUUAUUAAAUGGAAAAAAGAUCGCACGGCCACAAAGUAGAGUAGGAAACAGGACUCUUGAGAGUGCUUUUGUGACUUGAUUCUGGGGUGUCGCCAUUUGCAAAAAUAAUGAGUAAUACACCACAAUAAUGUGUACGUAUCAAUUUAUCACUAAAAUUAACGGUGCAUGAAAGGGUUACGUGAUGACAUUCAGAUGGGUUAUUAUACAUCAGGGUUCAUCAUUUCCUAAUCUUCCCACCAGCGACCACCAAGUUGUAAAUUCUCUAAGGAAGUUUGCAAGAUUAUUUGCUGACCUUGAAGAAGCUGAAAAAAGGAAGCGCUGUUCAUAUCUUCCGACCAGCAGCAACAAACUCUGAGGCAAUUUGUAAGAUUUGUUAAAGACCUUGAAGAAUCUAGACAAGAAGUAGGAGUUCCUGUUCCAAGACUCAGCCUGAAUCAUGGAGUACAGCUUUCCUUGAGUCACAUCAGGCGUUCAGACUCGGGGACGUAGGUUUGAAGGACCUUGAACACUGCAAAUUUUCACAGGAAGUCGGUCCCCUUGGGGCAGAAGUGAAACAUUUUAUUACUUUCGGUUGACUGUUGUUGACUGUUGUUGACCUGAACUGUGAACUGAAAUGUUAGGAAAGGGUAAUUUAAACUGUGAUAUAUCAUGGAUCCUUGUGUACACUAUCCAGGGGUGUACUGGAAGAACAAAUUUAGUUGGGAAGAAGAGUUUGUUUGUAUUUAUUUAUUUUUCAACAUUAGGGGAAGGUAGAUGGCGUUCAUAAUGCAAACCAAGUAGUUGGAUGCUUAAACUAAAGUAAAAAGGUUUAUUUCCAGUCUGAAACCAAUGACUGUUUUGGCUGUCAUUACCAUGAACUCUAUCCUCUAAGAGGUCACUAAAACAGUUAAAAGACUUCUUAGUAAUUUUGGCCUGUAUUUUGGGGGCUAUGCGUUGAGGUCACAUUAAGAAACAUAAAUGUGACUUGGAAGCAGAAAGGGAAAAUUUUUGAAAAAUAUUUAUGCAAAGUUAUUUAGAAACUACGACUUGAAAUCUCUCACAUUGUAAUCAGAGACUGGAAGGGAAGAUGUUGAGAGUUAUUUUGAAUGACUGGUUUCUUGUCACUGCUGGAAAUUAUUUGAUUUAUUAUCAAAAAUCAACAUAUAUGCAAACUACAGUAGUUUAAAAUUAUGUGUUGCAUACUAAGAUAGUUUCAUUGUAUCUGAAAAACUGUAAUAUCGACUCUGAAUCCCCCCCCCCAAUCUAACUUGACCUUGGUCUGUUUAUGUAAUCAACCUUUGAGAGCUACUAAGCACAAUGUAUUUUGCUCAGCAGACUCGGGUACCAGCCAUAAUAACAUGCAAAAUGUAUAUAUAUUGUAGCUGGUUUCCUGUUUAUUUUUGCUUACCGAGCUUCAUUUCAUGCUGAACAGUGGGAUGAAACUGAGGUGAGGUAACAAUGAUCCAUUGUUGUACAUAAUUAUUAUCCAUCCUGUCUUUUGUUGUUCUGUUAGAUUACAAUUUUCAUAGCAUUGUAAAUAGACUUGUACAGAUGCUCCCAUUAUUCACAAAUGGUGCAUAAAUUAAUCUGAUAUUCUGUGUAUAUAUAUAAAAGAAUUGUGUAUAGAACAACAACAUUGUAAAAUGUAUUCAAUAUUGGCAUGAGAGUGUCUGGUAGUAAAAGCAGCAAUACAUUAAAAUUGGAAGAUUUGGGCCAAUAGUCAUGGCACUGCUUACCACAGAAUAUUGAGCUUAUGGCUCCCUGUAAGCGCUGAAUUCGAUUCAGCUUAUGGCUUCCUGUAAGCACUGAAUUCGAUUCAGCUUAUGGCUUCCUGUAAGCGCUGAAUUCGAUUUGGCUUAUGGCUUCCUGUAAGCGCUGAAUUCGAUUCGGCUUAUGGCUUCCUGUAAGCACUGAAUUCGAUUCGGCUUAUGGCUUCCUGUAAGCGCUGAAUUCUUUAUGCGCUUAUGGCUCCAUGUAGGCGUCAUUUUCUACUGUGCCGUUAAGAUAAGCCCAAAAUGAGAAAGAAGCAGAGACAAGUUAUGCAAAAAAAAAAAUAGAACUUCCAGCAUGAAGAAGCCACAAGACAAACCAAGACCCGAUAUCAGAAAUUAUGAAAACUUUCCUAAGAUGAAUAAGCUCAUCAAUCAAUCUUACAUUGCCAAAGACUUAUUCAGCUAAAAUUCUUAAAAAAGCCAGGACACCAGUCCAAAAUUCAAUACAAUUGUUGUGUGACAUGUUGGUUGGUGUCCUGUUUCAGGAAUUAGAAAUGUCAGACUUUAAUCUGAGUUCAGACUUUUUAUGUCAGCCUGGGGAAGAAAAACAGCCGUUAUUUCUUUAAUUCCACAUUUAAAGAAAUCCUGCUUUGUCUGUUUCUCUACUAAAAUCUCUGUGGAUCUUUAACUUAAGGGGUUACCAAAUGGUAAAAAUGCCAUCAUUUCAACAUACCUCCUGUAACUUGAGGCCUAGUUUCAGACUUGUUUUGUCCACAAUGACUCUCACCCCUGCUGUUUCUGCUAAUACAAGGAGGGGUUGUUUGGUUUAACAUUGCUACAAAAUUCACAAAGCUUUUCUAAUGUUUGUGUUUAAUCUUCUUUUCAAUUUGUGCAAUCGGGUCUUGGUUAUCGCUGGUGCAUAUUUUUUCAAAGUAAAGUGUCUGUCUUUUCAGCAGUCUAUUAAAACAAAUUGUUUAAAAAAAAAAGUUCCCUAAUUGGUUGCCAUAACAAUAGCUGCUGCCUUUUUAUAAGAAUUGAAAUUUUGCGUGGUGAACAAACAUUUAUAAAAAAAAGUAUGGAAGUUUGCGUUUGAUUUGGAAAUGUCUCUAUUGAACUGUAAUUGUUUCUAUUUCUUUUUUGUCAACCUGAAUGUUGCCCAUCAAACUGAUUAAAAGUAAAUCACAUUGGGCUAGAAUUAAACAAAGAUGACAACAAACAGACUGUCAAAAUAUGAAAGCCUAUACUAAAAGAAAUUGCAUUAAAAAAAACGAAAAUACUGUGGCAGGCUACGUAGAAGGGAAUCGUGAUACAAGCUUUUUUCACAACCAGUGUGUCAAUAGAGGUUGCUACCCCUGGCUUCAGAGUUUUUGUUAGUUCAUAUAUUUUUGAGGUGCAAAUACACUUCAAAGUAGCUCAUUGUUUGUGUUUUCUUACUGAUGCAUAAUGAAUUUCCCAUGAGCUGUAAUACAUCAGUGUUCACCCCUGAGAAAUGUUGUGUCAUCUUCGUUUCUGUUUGGUGUGAAACAAAUGAUGAAUGAUUAAGGCUGCCUUCAAAUUAAUAGCUUCGCAGUCCUUUAGCCCUUUUUAGAUUGAUUCAAGUCAGAUGUGAAAGUGACAACUUUAAAGGGAUGAUACAGAUAUGACCUUGCUCUAAACCAAUCAGAUAUUCAUAUUAUGUGAGAUAUGACCUCUUUAUCAGGUUAUGUCAUUAAAAACAACCUGAGUGAUGACCUUUUUGCUCAUAUGUCACCAAAUAUGCCGAUUUGUAAUUCCAAAUUCUGUACCAUUUAUUGGUAAAAGGUUACUAUUGACUUUUAUGAGAAUGCUCUUUUUGUAUUGACAGAAUCAAACUAAACUGUUGCAACAAGUUUGCUCUUUUUACUUUUCACCAAAGAUCUGUUCGUAAAGUUUGAUAUGUACCUUGGUUCUCAAAGAAAGUAUAAAACCUUUCCUUUCAAGAAGUUGAGAGUCAAAGCUGCAUAAUUCCAGUUCAUGUAUUUUGUUUUUUAUAGUUGUAGGUAACAAGGCCUCAAAGACAAAUGUCAUUGAAUCUGAGAAACCAAGAAAUAUCAAAAAAAAAUUAAUGUCAUAAAAAAAUUGAAGCAUCCAGAGAGAAAAAAACAAUAUGCAAUCCUCUGUUGAUUAGUUACUCUACAACCUUCAUCUAUAACAGAAUACAAGCAACUUUUCUGCGUUUAAACAUCUUGGUUUCCAGAAAAAUAUGUACACUAGCAAUUUUACGUGUUUGCUAAGAAGUCAGCUAAAACUGUAGUUGUCUUG